UCAACUGCCCAUCGUCAUUGUCACAAUUCAUAUACACAUUGACACAUAUAUAUAUACACGCAUACACCACAGUUGGAAAUCAUUCGCACCACUGCAGCAAUGAACACAAUCCUCGCCCAGUUGACGCGCACGUGUCUCUCCCCGCGCGUCACGCGCCGACACACCACUCCUCCGCCUCUCCGGCCAUCGCACACGAGGGCGGCGCGUGGGACGGCGGAUGCGGCGGAUUUGAAGAAGGGAAUCGCCGGAUUCUACGACAAGACGUCGGAGAUGUGGGAGGAGAUUUGGGGAGAGCAUAUGCACCAUGGCUUCUACGAGCCUCAAUCCGACGUCCAGUUGAGCGAUUCCGGCCACCGGAAAGCUCAGAUCCGUAUGAUCGACGAAGCUCUGAGAUUCGCCGGAGUUUCUGGGGAGGAGAAGGAGAAGGGGAGGAGAGUGGUGGACGUGGGGUGUGGGAUAGGAGGGAGCUCAAGGUACAUGUCCCUCAAAUAUGGAGCAGAGUGCAGUGGCAUCACCCUCAGUCCCUUUCAAGCUCGUCGAGCCAAUGAACUCGCCUCUGCUCAAGGCCUCUCUCACAAGGUCUCGUUUCAAGUGGCGGAUGCUUUGCAGCAGCCGUUUGAAGACGGGAAGUUCGACCUCGUCUGGUCAAUGGAGAGCGGUGAACACAUGCCUGACAAGCCCAAGUUUGUGAAGGAGUUAGUCCGUGUGGCCGCACCUGGUGGGACGAUAAUCAUAGUGACAUGGUGCCACCGAGAUCUCUCUCACGGCGAAGAAACUCUCCAGCCAUGGGAGCAGACCCUCUUGGACAGAAUCUCCGAUGCCUUUUACCUCCCUGCUUGGUGUUCUACCUCCGAUUAUGUCGCCUUGCUCGAGUCUCUUUCUCUCCACGACAUCAAGUCUGCAGAUUGGUCGGAGAAUGUUGCUCCGUUUUGGCCGGCGGUUAUACGAACUGCCUUGACAUGGAAAGGCUUCUUCUCUCUGCUUCGCAGCGGUCUAACGAGUAUCAAAGGAGCAUUGGCGAUGCCGUUGAUGAUCGAAGGAUACAAGAAAGGUCUCAUAAAAUUUGCAAUUGUCACGUGUCGAAAGCCUCAGUAAACGCAAAACGCAAACGCAACAGUUGCGUUCGAAUAGUUAAACAUAGUUUUAUAUCUAUAUUACGGGCGGGUAAGUGCUUCUAAUAAGCUAGAGCAUAUAACAGUUUUAUUUUAUUGUACAUAUAACUUAUUUUAAUUACCUAUAUUGGCGAAUGCACUUUUUUUUAUAACAGGUGUAAUUAAUAAUUUUAUAAUAAUUUUUA